AUGGGUUCCCAAGUCAAGGUCGGAAAAGAGUCGAAGCUGUUCGAGCCGCUUACGAUUGGUAACGGCAAGAUCACGCUCAAGCAUCGAGUCGUUCUCGCGCCCCUGACGAGAAAUCGUGGCACGCCGCUUCGGGAAGUGUCGACGGCUGAGAAUCCGAAUCGCAUCUGGCUGCCCAACGAUGUCAUGGCGGAAUACUAUGCGCAGCGGGCGACAGACGGUGGCCUACUCAUCAGCGAAGGCAUCCCGCCUUCGCUAGAGGGAAAUGGCAUGCCUGGCGUGCCAGGAAUAUUCCUAGAGGAGCAGGCCAAAGGCUGGAAGAAGGUGGUCGACGCCGUCCAUGCCAAAGGCGCCUUCAUCUACGCGCAGCUCUGGCACUCUGGCCGCGCCAACAUCCCGCAGCUGACGGGAACGCCCAUCGUGGCGCCCUCGAGCAUCCCCUGGGACGACCCCAACGAGUGCUUCAUGUAUCCCGCGCCUCACUCGACGACGCCCGUCAAGUACAGCGAGCAGCUGCCCCUGGAGCUGACCGUCGACCACAUCCGCAAGACGAUCCGCGACUACUGCGCCGCGGCCAAGACGGCCAUGGAGGUGGGCUUUGACGGCGUCGAGCUCCACGGCGGAAACGGAUACCUGCCGGAGCAGUUCCUGAGCUCCAACAUCAACAAGCGGACGGACGAGUACGGCGGCUCGCCGGAAAAGCGCUGCAAGUUUGUCCUGGACCUGAUGGCGGAGCUGGCGUCGACAGUGGGCGAAGACAACCUGGCAAUCCGGCUCAGCCCCUUUGGCCUCUUCAACCAAGCCCGCAGCGAGCAGCGUCUCGAGACCUGGGGCCAUCUGUGCCGCGAGCUGAAGAAGCGGCACCCGGGCCUCUCGUACGUGAGCUUCAUCGAGCCGCGGUACGAGCAGAUCUUCUCCGAGGCCGAGAAGCAGAAGUUCCUAGACUCGUGGGGCCUUCCCGACGUCGACCUGUCGCUGUUCCGCCAGAUCUUUGGCGACACGCCCUUCUUCUCGGCUGGCGGCUUCGACCACACGAACUCGUGGGGAGUCCUGGAGAGCGGUCGAUACGACGCGCUGCUGUACGGGCGGUACUUUAUCAGCAACCCGGACCUGGUGGAGAGGCUGCGCAACGGCUGGCCGCUGGCGGCGUAUGACCGGUCUCGCUUCUAUGGGCCGUUUGAGGACCCGACCAUCGGCUAUACGGAUUACCCGACGUACGAGGAGGCCAAGAAGUGA